AAAGUUUUAUACAUGUUUUAUACCAUUGGCAACCCUGAUUAUAUAUGUCAGUUUAAAUUUAAAAAUAUUCAAAAUUUAUUUAGUAUUUGUUUAUUUAAAAUGUUUUUAAACAACAUAUUAUGGAACAGCUAAGAAUAUAACAGAGGUGAUGUUAAUUGCUCGCUAUCUAAAAAGAUUAAAUAGAAAUUUGAGGCUGCGCGUUGAAACGCUUCCGAGUGAUAUAUCAGUGAUUUUCCGCCAGAUGCCCAGAAACAAUUUUCAAAACCAGUGCAGUUGUAAAUUUUUUGCAAAAAUGUCUAGUGAAACUGCCCAAAUUAACACAAACGAAUUUUACGAUGUCGUACUGAGCUUGACAAAAAAUUGUGGACAGCUGAUCAAAGAACGGAUUUCUUCGAGGACCAAAAAAGUUGAAACGAAAACGGGAGCCAUUGAUUUCGUCACUGAAACCGAUCAAGACGUAGAGAGAUUGUUAAUUGAUGGUUUAUCAAAAGCAUUUCCAGAUCACAAGUUCAUUGGAGAAGAAACGGUUUCCAGCGGAGCCCAAUGCGAUUUCACCGAUGCCCCUACUUGGAUCAUAGAUCCGGUAGACGGCACCAUGAAUUUUGUACAUUCAUUCCCACACUCUUGCAUUUCUAUCGCUUUGUUUAUCAAUAAACUGCCUGUGAUUGGGAUCAUAUACAAUCCCAUGCUUGAUCAACUUUUCACCGCAAGAAAAGGAAAAGGCGCUUAUCUGAAUGGACAGAAAAUUACAGUUUCUGGGACAAAAGCACUGGCAGAUGCCCUGAUCAUGAUGGAGUUUGGUACAAGCAGGGAUCCAGAAAGGAGGAAAGUUAUUUUGGAGAAUCAACAGAAUCUUAUGCCUCAGGUGCAUGGUCUCAGGGCUUUAGGUUCUGCAGCCUUAAACAUGGCCAUGGUAGCAUGUGGUGCUGCUGAUGCAUAUUUCGAAUAUGGAAUUCAUAUCUGGGAUAUUGCUGCUGGAGAAAUGAUUAUAACGGAAGCAGGUGGUGUUGUUAUCGAUCCAGCUGGUGGAGAGAUUGACAGAUUAUCAAGGAGAGUUUUGGCAGCCAGCAAUCAGGAAUUAGCAGAACAAUUGGCGAAACAACUGGUACAAUUUUAUCCGGAAAGGGAUUAAAUUAAUGAAAAAUAAAUAAAGUUUCAUUCCUAUUUAUUUUGUCCAAACAAUGGUUGUAGUCCUAUAACGUAACUAAUGCCAAAGCAAAUUACUUAACAAAAACAAACAUAAUGACUUAUUUAUAUAAUUUAAAUAUUUAUUGUACUUAAUGUUGAAGAGAUUAUUAACAAUAUAUUGUUAUCGUACUUA